AUGAGCUCUUCAAAGCUCUCGAACCUGUCGUGGGCAGAGCUGCGUGACCGGGCUCGCCGCAUCGGACGCCGUUGGAGCUCCGAAGAGUCGCCGACCGUGCAAGCAGAGACGGUGACCCAAAUCGCCGACGGUGAGCGACCACCAACGUCCGCCGAGGCCGACGAAGCGGUGGAAGUCACUGUCGGAGGGAGCGACACGGAACUGGCGAUGAAGGAGAAAGGCGGCGACAUCGCCUCUUCUUGGGCUAUUCAGGAACCUAGCUGGGUAAUCCGUUCGACGAUCGCGAAGGGAGAAGAUGCGUCGUGGUCGCUGGCAGCUGCAGUCGCGGCGACGGGAACCAGGCAGGUUGUGGUCUCGCCGUCGGGAAUGGAGGAGAAGAAGAUUCCGCCGGAGCCGCGUUUGGGUAAGCAAGAGCUGAGGACGGCGACGAGUUCGGGUCAGCCGGCGUGCCAUCGGCUGGGCGGCUCGCCGCCGGGAGAUGAUUCGGCGAUGGAGUCAAGCCGGCCACCGUGCCGUCGGACGUGA